AUGGCGCUGUUUCCUGAGGUAGAAAGGAAAGCACAGGAAGAAAUCGACAUAGCAGUAGGCGGCGACCGUCUGCCUCAAUUUACUGACCGUGACGCUCUGCCGUACGUGGAGUGUGUACUGCAAGAGACAAUGAGAUGGCACGGUGCCUUCCCGAUAGGUGUCCCUCAUCGGAGUCUGGAAGAUGACGUGUACAAUGGCAUGCUCAUUCUGAAGGGGUCCAUCGUCUUCGCCGAUCCUUUAGCGAUGAGCCGCGACGAAAGCGUUUACAAGGACGCAUGGACAUAUUACCCCGAUCGGGUGCGUCACAGCAUCGGUACUGGACGUGCACAUACUAUGUCCAGGAUCUGCCCUGGCCGUUAUCUUGCGGAUGCUAGUGUACGGAUUGCCAUAGCCUCAAUCCUCGCAACCUUGAGCAUCACCAGGGAGCUUCGUGAAGAUGGGCGGGAAAUCAUUGCGGAAGCUAUAUCCGCACCGUCUAUAACAAGUCACCCUAAACCAUAUCCCUGCGUUAUCAAGCCAAGGUCAGUGAAGGCAGAGGCCCUGAUCAUGCAGAUGAAGAGAGAGGCUCUGCCGAUCUACCAUCCACUUGCUUCGACACCUGCAGUCUUCUCUGUUAUUCGAGAGGUUGAAGGCGGCGCUCGAGAUGUUCUAUGGAGCAUUCGAUUGCCGAUGGACGCUUGGGAACCCUGCGGACCUCCCGCCACUCGACGGCCGCUCUCUGCUCCUUGCAACCUCAAUGCACCUACUGGCUUUCCAGCUCAUACAUUCGUAUUAGUACUGCGGACAAUUGAUUUACUCGGAUGUGCUUCAUUAAAGACCGGGAAACCAUAA